GGUUAUUUCGAUGAGCGAUUUUUUAUGUAGAUUUUUGUAAAAGUUAUAAAGGUCUUACUAAAUAGCAUAAUAACUGGAUUAAACUAUCGAAAAAAUGAAUAUUUCUAUAGAGAAAAAGAGAAUGGAUUGUCCAGCCCUGCCCAAGGGUUGGCAAAGAGAAGAGGUCAUACGAAAAAGUGGGCUUUCAGCAGGAAAAGUUGAUGUUUAUUAUUACAGCCCAACAGGUAAAAAGUUUCGCAGUAAGCCAGAGCUAGUUCGUUAUCUUGGUGAUAGUAUGGACCUGUCGUGUUUCGACUUUCAGCAGGGUCAAAUAAACACCAUGCUGCUGUGCAAGGCCAAGAAAGCUCGUGCGCAGUUUGAUUACAGGGGUGUGCGUUCUGAUGCUUCAUUAGUGCCUCCUAUUCGUCAAACAGCUUCAAUUUUCAAGCAACCUGUGACUGUGUAUAAAACUCAGGAGAGUAAGGUUAAAACUGACUUAAAACAUGGCACUCAAGAGAAACCAAAGCAAUUAUUCUGGGAGAAAAGGCUUGAGGGACUAACAGCUUGUGAUGCAAAUGGUGUGAUUGGUACCACUUCACUGCCCAAGUACAUAAAAUCAUUGGGGCCAUACACUUCAGAUGCUACAACUAUUCAAUCGCUUGCAACUGCUUUACAUGUUUCAUCACAACCCAUAACAGGUCAAACUGGAUCAAAGCAAUCCAUCUUGGAAAAUCCCGGUGUUUUUUUAAACCCUGAACAGCCGUUAAUAGCGGCUGUGACAAUAACAAAGGAAGACGUGAAGCGUCAGGAAGAGCGUGUGAAGCGCGCUCGUAUCAGGCUACAAGAGGCUCUUGCGGCCGCAUAGGGUUCAGCCGGCGACGGGGAAGGUCCUUCCUCCGUCGCCGACUCGCAGGAAACUGACCCCGUCGACAUGGUACUGCCAGACUCUACAGCUGACUCGCCCAAGCCUUGUGCGUCUGACUGUCUACCAGAUAGCACAGAUGGUACUAUGUAAAAUAUAUAAGUAUUUAUGAUGUUGAAUAUAAUUUUAACAUACUUUCAUAACUAAGCAUAUUUUUAAUAAUAUAGCAUGUAUUUGAAUUACAAUUGAAUAUGCAUAUUUUUAAUAAUAAUUACUAUUGUAAGUAAUGUGAUUAUUGAUAUUACGUACACGUUUAAAAUAUUAUUACUGAUAAAUUAUUACAAAAAUGUGCAAAAUUAUUAAUUAUGUUUUAUCUUGAAAUCUGAUUCAAAAUAUUAUAUAGGUACUUACUUAUUGUUUUAUAAACAUUCUUACCUAUAUUUUUUUAGGGAUUUGUCUAUUUUUGUCUAUUAAGUCAUACCAUAAUAUAAUAUUAUUCAUAUUAUAUAAAUUGCAGAGAGAAUGUAGGCUAGAUAUAGUAAAUAUGGUCUAAUUUAUAAGACUACAUAUAAAACAAAGCUAAAUAGUAUCUAAGUAUUGGGUGUGAAGAAAGUUGAAUGAAUAAGUAAUUAUUAAUAAGGUGCAUGUUAAGAAAGAGUAAGGAUUUUUCUAUUUUGUACAUAGGUAAAUAAAACAUUUGAUGGUAA